AUGUCUUCACACUCAGACAUCGGCGACAAGCCAAACUUCCAACACAAUGGCGAUACUCUAUCCCGUCAACUAACAGUCCAACUCUCCUCCGAGCAAUACGAACGACUAUUCUUCCAGCCCAACGCCGCCAAAGGAGAUCUUGCCAAACGCCUCGGAAAUCCCACACUUCUCGGCACACUUGGAUUCCUGGUUCCAUUCUCAGUAACGCUCUUCAGUCUCCUACAAUUCCAAGGUUCCUCGCCGACCACUAUCGUCGCAGUUUCCGGAACCUUUUACGCAUUCGGUGGUAUCCCACUGAUUCUCGCUGGUAUCGGCGAGUUUAUCAUCGGAAACACCUUCCCAAUGACCGUGUUUAUUAUUUUCGGUGCUCACUUUGUGUAUCUGGGAUAUACCAACGAUCCGCUUCAUGCAAUUGAAGCCUUCUAUGGAGAAAAUGGUGCGGGAGCUUUGAGUCAGGCAUACAACUCUGGACAGGGCCAUUACAGUGUCGUCCUGGCAUUGGUUGCUUUCAUCUUCCUCUGUGGAUCUUUAAGAACCAACGUACCCUUCGUCAUCAUAUUCUUCUCCCUCAUCUUCCUCUUCAGCUUUCUCGCUGCCGGUUAUUACCAACUUGGAUUCAACCCAACGGCUGCCGGCGCUUCUCACGCUUUCUACUAUUUCAAGAUCGCUGGAGGCUUUGGAUUUGUGGCUAUGAUUAUGGGCUGGUACUUGGCCAUUGUGUUGUCAUGUGCUUCCACUGGAGUUCCAUGCCCACUUCCUGUUUUCGACCUCAGCUCCAAGCUUGCCCCAAAGAGCGUGGAUGGUGCUAAGGAAGAACAUGCUGGCAGUGGCGCGAAUCCAGCAUUGAGGGCAUAA